UUCAAAUGCAGUUUCACCUACGUGAAUUCCAUCUUUCUCUCUCCUCAGCCUCCGACCCUGAAGUCGAUCCUGUCACGUCCACCCACCACCUCCUCGUCGCCUGAUCCUCUGUUCCACCGUGCCAUCACACAGAGGACUAGCUCUCAAAGGAGAAGCUGGGAUUUAUGUUACACCUGAGUUUCUCUGGAGACUCGAGCUAAGUGAAUGAGAGCAGGAACCUUGGAGCUCACGCUCAGGGCUGCAGUGCUGUUGAUGAGGCCUCUGGUAGAUUCCUCUGAGGCUCUGAUAUCAGAUUCCUUCAGCACCGAACACGAUCCUUUGUCAACAUGACGGGUUUGGUAGUGAUUUCCUUUAGUCCCCAAAUGUUCUUUUUGUCACCCACCAAUGAGGACGUCAACGUGUUGCCUUCAGCUCUGUGGUACAAAGCAGCCCAAAGCAAACCCUCUCUGAAGAAAAUGUGGGGAAGGAUUAAGACAUGCGCUGCAAAGCAGUUUGCCCAAGUGUCCCUUUGUCAUAUUGUGGAGAGACUGAAUAAGAAGAACUUUGACAGUCCUGACAACCCAGCCUUUGACAAGGUUUUAAGUAGGCAGUCAAUGCAGGCUGUCAUGAGUGAUAUUGACACUCUGCUUCCAACAGCAGUUGGUGAGAUACAGCGGGGGCAGAAUGUGUCUCAAUGGAUGGAUGAUAUUUUCAGUGGUAAUACCCUCGAGUUAACCAAUGAGCUGAAAAAUAUCCUCAUCAAUCACAUUGAUAGGAUGAGGCCUAAGAUCACCUCACGACCAAAAGCCUCACAACCAAAAGCCUCACAAUCACUGCGCACAAGCAUAACGGUUUGUCCGCCACCUGCUAUCAUAUCAGCUGACAUCCUUGGCAUUGUGUGGUGUUUCCUUGGAGUACUGAGGUGGUGGCUUCACACACAGUCAGAAACUCUCACUUCCAGGGUGAUAACACAAACUUUAGAAAAAGCUGUGUCCGAUCGGUGGGGCCAGUCUGCCUUCAGCAGCUCGUCAAGAGUCUGGCUCAGAAAGCGAGCUGACGUCUCCUGAAUUCAAGGAAGAAUUCAGCGAAGAGCAAGACCCAACAGUGGACGGAAGGAAAUUACCCUUCAGAUAAUUGUUCUGAAGCUGGUUACGAGACCCAGCACUUGACACAUAUAUUGUCUCUGUCCUCAAAGAUCUGCUUGUGACGCCACCAUAAAGAUCCAUCGUCAUCAGCAGGUUCUUCUCCUGACUGUGCAACGCCUUCUCCAAACCCUUUCAAUCAAAAAUAUUGUUACCAGAUUAUCAGAAUGAAGCUGUGUAACUUGGAUAAGUUUGAGUCUUUAUACCCCAUAGAUUACCGUUUCCAUUAAAAUUGUCUUUGCCUGAAAAUGAAUGUUUCUUUUUCAUUCCCCAAUGGCAGCUCCUUGCCAAGUCCUCGCAGAGUGAUAACAGUACAGAUCCUCCAGCUGCAGCAAUGAAAAAUUAUGAAAGGACUAUUAAAGGGGUGAAGAAGAAAUGUAAAUUAAAACCCUCCAGCUUGUCUUACUCUGAACAUGCAUGGUUUUGACAUGUUAUUAUGAUGAUGCAGUUUGCACAUGUUCUGGUGUUUACUGCGGCCAUCACAAUUACAGGUUAACAAAUUUAAAGAUGAAACGACAUGACCUGGCUGCAGUCCAAUAAAUAAAUCCUGCAUC